GGCCGACCGGCGCGCGCCCCGCUCCGCCGCUUGUCCCGUAGCUGUCCGUCCCCUCAUCGUCGCCGCGAGCCCCGAACACUUUUUGAAAAUGGCAGAAGCCCAUCAAGCAGUAGCGUUUCAAUUUACAGUAACUCCAGAUGGGAUUGACCUGCGAAUGAGCCAUGAGGCUCUCAGACAGAUCUAUCUUUCUGGUCUCCAUUCCUGGAAAAAGAAGUUCAUCAGAUUCAAGAAUGGAAUUAUCACAGGCGUGUAUCCUGCUAGCCCAUCCAGUUGGCUUAUUGUAGUAGUGGGGGUGAUGUCAACAAUGUAUGCCAGAAUUGAUCCUUCUUUAGGAAUAAUAGCUAAAAUCAACCGGACCCUUGAUACCACUGGUUAUAUGUCCAACGAAACGCAGAACAUUGUGAGUGGGAUGCUUUUUGGCACAGGUCUGUGGGUAGCCCUUAUUAUGACAAUGCGAUACUCACUGAAGAUGCUGCUUUCCUAUCAUGGAUGGAUGUUUGCUGAACAUGGCAAACUUUCCACAGCAACCAAGAUUUGGAUGAGGCUGGUAAAGCUUUUCUCAGGUUGUAAACCAAUGUUGUACAGCUUUCAGACAUCUCUGCCACGACUGCCGGUCCCAGCUGUUGAAAACACUGUUAACAGGUAUCUGGAUUCAGUUCAGCCACUUAUGAAUGAUGAACAGUUCAAAAGAAUGAAGGGUCUUGCCAAAGAUUUUGCAUUUAAUCUUGGACCAAAACUACAGUGGUAUUUGAAACUGAAAUCCUGGUGGGCCACAAACUAUGUUAGCGACUGGUGGGAAGAAUAUAUCUACCUAAGAGGACGUGGGCCAAUUAUGGUUAAUAGUAAUUACUAUGCAAUGGACUUUCUGUAUGUUGUUCCCACUUCCCUGCAGGCAGCUAGAGCAGGUAAUGUUAUCCAUGCCACCCUGCUCUACAGGAAAAAGCUGGACAGACAGGAAAUCAAGCCAAUUCUUCUGAUGGGAUCCACUGUUCCACUCUGCUCAGCUCAGUGGGAGCGAAUGUUUAAUACCUCCCGUAUCCCAGGAGAGGAGACAGACACUAUCCAGCACAUGAAGGACAGCAGACACAUUGUCGUGUAUCAUAAGGGCCGUUAUUUCAAAGUCUGGCUAUAUCAUGAUGGUAGACUGUUGAAGCCUCGGGAAAUUGAACAGCAGAUGCAAAGAAUUCUAGAUGACAGUUCAGAACCUCAGGCUGGAGAAGAGAAGUUAGCAGCUCUUACUGCAGGAGAUAGAGUACCCUGGGCUAAGGCUCGUCAGGCCUAUUUUGGACGCGGAAAGAACAAGCAGUCUUUGGAUGCUGUGGAAAAAGCAGCUUUCUUUGUGACUUUGGAUGAAACUGAGCAGGGCUACAGGGAAGAGGAUCCAGUGACUUCAAUGGAUACAUAUGCAAAGUCUCUUCUGCAUGGCAGUUGUUACGACAGGUGGUUUGACAAAACAUUCACUCUUGUAGUGUUCAAGAAUGGCAAAAUGGGCCUGAAUACAGAGCAUUCUUGGGCAGAUGCUCCUAUUGUUGGACACCUUUGGGAGAAUGUUAUGUCUUCUGAUUGCCUUCAACUGGGCUAUACAGAGGAUGGUCAUUGCAAAGGAGACAUCAAUCAAAAUAUUCCUUUCCCCACCAGACUACAGUGGGAAAUCCCUGAAGAAUGCCAAGAAGUGAUUGAGAGGUCCCUGUGCACUGCGAAAUCUCUAGCAGAUGAUGUGGACUUCUGUUCUUUUCCCUUUGAUGCUUUUGGGAAAGGGUUAAUCAAGAAAGCCAAAAUAAGCCCUGAUGCCUUUGUGCAACUUUCCCUUCAGCUUGCUCACUAUCGGGACAUGGGAAAAUUUUGUUUAACAUAUGAAGCCUCUAUGACCCGCCUGUUUAGAGAAGGCAGGACAGAAACAGUGCGCUCAUGUACUACUGAAUCGUGCAAUUACGUUCGAGCCAUGGAAGAUCCAACCCAAAAUAAUGAAAAGAGGUGUAAACUAUUCAGGAUUGCUGCUGAUAAACACCAGCACUUGUAUCGCCUUGCCAUGACUGGUGCAGGUAUUGACCGCCAUCUGUUCUGCCUUUAUGUGGUGUCCAAAUACCUUGGUGUUGAGUCUCCUUUCCUUAAGGAAGUUUUGUCAGAGCCUUGGAGGUUGUCAACAAGUCAGACACCACAGCAGCACAUUGAUCUGGAGAAGAACCCUGAGUUUGUAUCCAGUGGCGGAGGCUUUGGACCUGUUGCUGAUGAUGGUUAUGGUGUGUCUUAUAUUCUUGUGGGUGAACACCUCAUCCAUUUCCAUGUGUCCAGCAAAUUCUCUUGUCCUGAGACAGAUUCUCAUCGUUUUGGAAAAAACAUCAAGCAAGCAAUGGUUGACACCAUAGCUUUAUUUGGCGUUGGUAUGAACUCUACCAAGUGAUUCCCUAAUAUCAAUGCCAGUGUCCUACCACUGGGGCGAGAACUCUUCUGAUCAAUGAAUGAAAGCAAGGUGUACUAUGCAAUGGUUGGAGGGACAUUUGGGUCAUAAUCAUCCAGUGAUCACCUGUGAAUAAGGAUUCAACACCUAGGCUGAGGUUCAAAUGUCCUAUCACUCCAUAAUAGCUCAGAAGAGUUUUCUUCCCAUAAGGGAUGACUUUUGACAUCCUAUGUGAUUCUAGGGAUAGUAUAAGGCAACAUUAUGUGAAAGGCAUGUGUCCUGUAGCUACUGUAGGCCUGUCUCAAUUUUGUGUACAUUUAGUAACUUUUUACUUAAAAUCUGGGUCUACUUGUAUUUCAUAAAUGAGUGGAUAAAAUUUAUUAAGUCAACCUUAAUCAGCAGAAAGUAUUUGACUUCAUAUGUACUGGUAGCAAAACAUCAAUUAGUAUAUCUGCUGCUUCUGUCUGAGAGUGACAAAACUUGUGGGUAUUCAUCUAAGUUGUCACUUUUUAAAGGUAUUUCUUUGCAUUGAAAAUAUAUCACAACCUGACAUAACCUAAUGUAAUGCACUAACUGAAAAUAUACUGUGCUUCUUGGAAAUAAGUAUAUGCUACAGUGGGUGGUAAAAUAGUUGCAUUACAUAAAAGAAUGGCAGGUAUCGCCUAUUUUCCUCUGUUUUAUAAGCAUAUAGUUUGCCACAUCUUAAUUUUAUUAC